AUGGCUGAUACCGGACCGCCUCCCGCGAAAAUUCCUCGCGUUAGAUCGCCUUCUCCCUCCAUCGCCAACGAGAUCAGUGGCUCUUCUCAUGAAGGGAUUGCGACUGUGUCCGAUGCUAGUCCAUUUACCAAAGAGAUAUGGGCGAACAUUUUAUCGCACUGCUCAGUCUUCGAUCUCUUCUGCCUGCGCGACGCCCGGGGCUUCCUUCGGAGGAUGAUCAGCAGGGAGAUGCUCGAGGAAGCUCUACAGGAUGCUGGUCUCGCGAGGGCCGUGCCAGACAACGAGGAAGAUUGGGAGUGCCUUCCCGUCCAGCUACGAAAUCCGAUAUGCUUGAUGAAGAUGCUCUGUCUGGGACCAUGCUCGGUCUGUGGCACCUGGUCGGCGCUACCCCCAGCUUCGAGUGACAUGAAGAUUCGCUUAUGCGGUAGUGAGGCCUGUUUCUCAUAUAUGUUCUCCGAGUAUAUGUCAUGCGGCUGGACGGUUCCCCCUGCACCUGAGACGCUGACCUGCUGCAUCCGCCAAAUACGCGCAUUCGACCUACCUUUGACGGCCGAAGAGUGGCAACCGCAUAUGCUUAUGGACUAUAGGCGCUACGUCGAUCGUCCAUCCUUCGACAUCUUGACCGACAUCGCAGGCGGCUCCAACUGUAGGACUCUUCUCAAGACUCUUUUGCGCGCCAAGCAGGAGCUGAGCGGCGUUGGCUGGAAAUGGGAUUACUCCAGUGACAUCGUUCGAGAUAGCGAGGAUAAGGAGGGGGCCGUGCGCCUUGCAGAUAUAUUCGCCGACCGUCGCAAGUACCACGAGGUCACCAAGUGGUUAUAUUGCCUCGUCUCUGUCUGGAGGGUGGCAAACGAGAGGAAGGACAUGUACCUCCGCAUCGAGAACCAGCUGACUAUCGAAGACCGCGCCGAGUAUCUGAAUCAGCCCUAUGACCCAAGCCAUCCCCUCGUCCAGCGCGUAUUGGAGGCGCACGCGCGCGAUGUGUCUACCAUCUACGCAAACGCGGCAGACUGCCUUUUUCCUCUUCCCGACCUGCCGAAGUCUCCCUGGGAUGCGGAAUUCGCCCAUCCCAACCAGGACUUCGUGCAUUACCCCCUCCCACGCACCUUCGUACCGUUUAUGGACAGAGUGACGGGCGAGGCGGGUUGCACUGAUGCGAAAUCUGCCGCAGCUACGCACGGGAAGGACGAGCCUGAGCCCAGCCCUGAACACAAAUCUGUGCCACAGUGCAGACUCGAGCCUGAGGAACCUGCAGUCGCUGCCAAAAGCGACGGCAAUGCUUUGAGGAACGGCGUUGCUCACCCCAAUCGCGCGCCCGGUGGCCACCCAGCAAUUAGCGAUGUUGCGAAUCCGGUCGCUUCCACAUCCAAGUCACGUCGCAACCAUGGCAAGCCGCCCCAACGCCCCGCGAUGUACUUCAGCUGUAGGCGCUGCGGAGGAAAGAAGAUCUUUGUCGAACAAAAAGACCUGAACGCGCACUUGAAGGAAAUGCAUGGGGUAUUUGUUCGUGGGGCUCGCCCGAGUCGGCGCUAA